AAGACGAAGCUGAAGUUGGCCUCCAAUUCACAGCUUCUGAUUCUGCAUUUAAGGGGAAAGUUAAAGUUUACAGACAGCAAGUGAAUAAAAUUAAAUAUCUAUUUUCUCACUAUCCCUUAGGAAUCACUGAAGCGUGAAAUCUUUCUGAGAUUGCAUGACCGACUGCUACACAUCUUGGAGAGGCAGCCUGUUGACAUGGAAGGGUUAUAUUUUGUUUUCCAUCAGAAUUAAGUUUUAUUAAGUGCUCUGGAUGACACAGUGAAUGUAGGGGAAGAAUUAUUAUCUGGACUUACAAAUUUAAGUACUGUUAUCCAACAGGAAAUGGAGAAUGAGCAGACAUUCAUAACACUGGAUUUGCAAAAGGGCUUUCGUGGGCGUCCACGAUUGACGACGUCAGUAGAGACCCUCACACAUCUUCUAGAACUUGGACUGCCAUCAAAAUGCAUCGCUAGACUCCUCUGUGUGUCGAGAGCUACGCUUUUUAGGCGGAUGGCUGAAAAUAAUCUAUAUAUAUCUGCAUCAUACAGUGGCUGCAGUGAUGAUGAAUUGGACUCGUUGAUCACAGGAAUUAAGAGCACAAUGCCAGAUGCUGGAUGCAGAGUAGUCAAAGGUGCUCUACUUGCACAGGGACACAGAGUGCAAUGGGACAGAGUGUAUGCAUCCAUGCAUCGCGUGGACAGUGUAGGUGUGCUUUCCAGGAUGACUCGUCUAAGAUGUGUGGUGAGGAGGACAUACACGGUUCCUCACCCAAAGUACAUGGUGCACAUUGACACCAAUCACAAGCUCAUCAGGUACAACUUCGUUAUCUUUGGGGGAAUAGAUGGCUAUUCAAGAAAGAUGAUGUACCUUAAGGUAGCAGACAACAACCGAUCUGAUACCCACCUGGCAUUCUUCAAUCAAGCUGUGAAUGAGCAUGGGUUUCCUCUGAGAGUGAGAGGAGAUCAUGGAGGAGAAAAUGUGGGGAUAGCGGAAUUAAUGUUCUCAGUUCGUGGAACUGACGUUAACAGCUUCAUUGCGGGGAAAAGCGUACACAAUCAGCGGAUUGAGCGACUCUGGCGUGAUUUAUUCAUGAGUGUUACAGGAGUGUAUUACAAAAUCCUUCACUCUCUUGAGGACGAACACCUACUUGACAUCAGCAACGUCCUACACAUUUUCUGCUGCCACUAUGUUUUCAUACCGCGCAUUCAGGCAAGCCAAGACGUCUUCAGUGAUGCGUGGGACAACCAUCCCAUCAGAACUGAGCAGAACCUGACACCAAAUCAGUUGUGGGAGGUGGGUCAGGCCAUUAACCCUGUUGCAGAUCCUGAUUCUGAGGGAAUACCCAUCCCAGAGAUUCAGUGGGAGGAGAGUGGCUACACAAAUGAGCCUCAUUCCGGGGUCAAUAUCCCUGAACUGGGCAGUCCUCUUUCGGAUCUGGAAAUGAUAGCACUGCGAGACAACAUGGAUCCACUGCAGCAAUCGGACUGUUUCGGGGCGGAUAUUUACCUCAACACUGUCCAAUACGUUGAGAACUUAAUUGAGGCAAGAUAAGAGCUUGUGGCUCUCUUGCCACUUUCCAGGGGCUUCCUGUGACUUUGACCAAAAAACUAAAAAGAAACUACUUUAGAACAUUUCAAAUUAUAUUUUGAUUGUGCCUUAUGCUAGGAGCCCAGGAUCCUCCAUACUAAUUGACACUAAAAUUUAUACUAACUUACUGCAUUCAUUUGUAAAUAAGUUUGUGUCAGGGCAUUUUAUUUUGAGAAGGAUAAGAAAAUCCACCCCUAGUUUCCUCUCCACAGUGGUCAUUGGAUGUUUUGGAAAAGCCUCAUCCUUAGCUAGGAUGACUGAAAGCUAAGUCACAUUUGGUGCUGCAUCCUGGGGAAGAACGUGGUCCACAUGGUCUAUGGAGGACAUUGCAAAAGAUUUGCAGGACUUUAACAGUUGCAGCUCAGUCAGUAGAAAAUUCCAUAGGAAAGCCUUUCCCGAAAAAUUAUUAUUGGAAUGUUUAAUUCGUUUAACCUUUCAGCAAAAACAUUAAAACCAACCUUCCAUAUAUUUUGGUCCCCUUGUGCUGCCAAAACAGCCCUGACACAAUUGGGGCAUGUAUUCAGGACAUUUUAGGUGGAAUUGAAAUGUUGGCACCAGGUCCUUUGGGUCUUGUUUGUU